CAUAAUUUCAAAUUCAUUGAAGAUAUGAUAGAGAUAUAGAUAUGAUAUAAAUAAUAUAAUAUAUAAAAAUAUUUUAAAUCAGUCGUGUGGUAAUGUGCUAUAGUUGAAACGAUGAAAUAUUUUACGCCUCCUGGUUAAAACUUAAAAUGAAUGGAAAUUUAGAACAAGGCAGUCUCAAUCAAUUGGGUAUAGAUAGGCGUCCUAUAGUAACAUGUGCUGGAGAGUUGGAAGUUUUUUCUGCCAUUGAAGAAAACCUUGCACAUUCCUUGCCAAAAGAUGCUUGCGAGUGGAAGAGGUCCCUUGGUCGUCCAAUUAGGAAUGUCCAUAUUGGAGCGAAUUUUAUCCCUUUUAGUGCCGUUUCCUUACCAAAAUCUGGUCAAUGGGACUUAAUAAGACAACCACUAUUCCAUACUUAUUGGACGGAAUGCUCCGAUGUGGAUGUUUACAAAAGCACUAUUAGAGAAGACAUUGAAAACUGGAUUAAGGAACUAAAUUCAAGAGAAACAUCGGAUUGGUUAAUCGUCGUUGUAGAAAAUUAUGAUGGUAAAAAAAGUAAACAAUUAAUUCCUAGAACUACAGUACUCGAUAAAAUUCGAAAUGAUUUUGCACUUAAACAAGGUGAUAGGUGUAUUUCCGUAAUAAAUCCUGGAAAAGUCGAGAAUAAAACUGCUGAAUCUUGGCGGGGACUAGUAGGAAGGAUAAGACAUUUACUUUUAGUAGCUUAUGCUAAGGCUGUUACACGAUUAGAAGAUCACGUUAGACAGCAAAGAGAAAGAAGAAACGAACCAGGAUGGCACUUUAUGAAUUAUUUUAUGUUGCAAGAAGAAUUGGCUCAAGUAUUAGAAAUGCUAGGAUUGAACGAUGAAGCUUUGGUGCAGUACGACGAAUUAGACGCUCUCUUUUCCCAAUUUGUGGCGAAUUUUACAACUUGUGAUAACCUUAAGUGGCUAUGUCAAUUUCAAAGACCGUUAGAACGGUGGCAUGGCUUAAAAUUAACACCAUCUCUUUUAGAGGAUAAUCCUUCAUUACUAGAGCUCAGAGCUUAUAUAUUUUCUAAACAAGCUCAGAUGUUGUUGCUUACAAAAAAAGUCUGGGAGAUGGCAUCUAGGUGCAUACCAUUUCUUCAUACCUGUGUACGUGAAAUUAGUAUUUUAGAAAUAACUGCACCACCAGGUGCCAUUUGGUGUUGGCUUUUCUUAGCUAUCAUGGAGGUACUUCAAAUUUGUGAUAAGUUUAACCAAGCCGAUCAGGUUGAAGAAUAUUCGUUACAUACUGCUUCUUUGUGGGAGUAUGCUAGUCAAAAGAUAAGAAAAUUAGGCGAAUUAUGUGGUUUAAUGCCACAAGGUGUUCCAACUUCAGAACAAUUACAUAUAGUAGUUAGUUUAUCGGCUGGUAUGGGUGACAAUCCAGGGCCCAUCAAUCAUCCUUCCCCAACUGAUAGACUUAAAGAAGCACUUUGUUCUCAAGAUGUUUUUAUUAAAACAUAUUUGGAGUUGGCUGAAUUAGCAAUGGGAACUUUUAAACAUGUUGGUCGCUUACGAAUGGCUCGAUUAGUUGGCCAAGAAGUAGCGAGUUUCUAUUUACUAUUAGGAGAAACACAAAAAGCCGCAGCGUUUCUUGGAGAUGCUGUACGUACUUUUGAAAAUGAUGGCUGGCAUGAACUAGCUGGACAAACGCAAUUGAGUCUAGCUGAUUGUCAUAAGAGAGCUAAUGAUACUAGAAAAUAUAUUAAGGCUUGUGCUGCUGUUUCAGCUGCUUUAGAAAUUGAUACUCUAAUAAGGUGGACAUACUUUGACGAAAUGACAAAAUAUUUAGAAAAAUUGGAUAAACCGUUGGAUGUGCCUUUAAAUAAUAUUCUAAAAAUAAAUAGCAUUCAUAUACUCAAUGAUCUUAUUAUGAUGCAAGAUUGUAACAUGGAAGUUGAACUUUUGGUAGAAUCAAAUUUCCCUAAAGAGAUUUUGUGUACUUACGUCGGCAUUUCUUUAGAUAAAGAAGAAAAGAAGAAACCCAACUUUCGGUAUUGUUCUGGAAAAUUACUAACAAAAAAGGAUCUCAAAUGGCAAGAUCCAUUCUUGCAACGUCUGAAAAUUAAAAAAACUUUGGACUAUAAGCAAGAUAAACAACUCGCUACUUCUGGUAUUGCAUGUAAAUUUACACAAUUGCAAAGGAAAGAUAGUGCGCCCGCUUAUAGUAAGACUGAUUUCAAUACUGCUUUGGAAGUUGAAAAAUUGCCGCUGUUACUAACACCAGGAAUAAACGUUAUAAGACUCAUUAGAAAAGCAACAGAUGUAGGAAAAUAUUGUAUCGAAUCAGUGGCUAUUCACAUAAAAAAGUUGAGAUUUGUAUCUCAACAGCUAAAUGCACGUUUAACCAUUGAAGUUAAGGAGGAAAGUCCGAGUAUACGAUUGUAUAAACGCGCGGCACCCUUACUCUCUGGAAUUGAACAAAUAAUGAAUUUAAUAUUAACUAUUGGAAGCUACCAGAUUGAACCAAAGUCCCAAAUAAAAUUAACCGCUUCACCAGGAUUAACAUUUCAAAUUGAACCUGAUCAACCCAUGACUAAUUAUUUAGAAAUUGAUGUUGGUGAUAAAGCAACAUUUUCAAGUACAAAAAUGCCCCUUAGAGUUUUAGCUGAUCUUUUAACCAAAGAUCAUCAAGUUACCAUUCAUGUGCCAUGGAACCCAAAGCCAAUUGUUGUGUCGCUUAGUUUCUCAUCGCCUAUGUCUACUACUUGGCGAUUAUUUACCGUUAAUAAUAGGAAAUUGGUACAAGUAAAUGUUGUGGGACAUUGUUUGGAUAGUUUAAUUGUGCAGGAUCCGCAACUGAAAAUUAAAGACAUUCCUGUUUCUGCUAUACAUUGUGAUUCUAGUCUGAUUAUUUCUAAUGGUUUAAGUUAUUCUUUUUUAUGGCAAUUAGGACACACUAACAUUUCAUCAAAUUCGACCAAGGCCGAGUUUAAUGUACAGUACAAAUUGAGUGAAGAUGAUAUUUACAAGACUUAUCAAUAUUAUUUUGAUAUUACUGAUUUUAAGACUUUGUACAUAAUGGAUGCAGUUGUAGAGCCAUCUAAAGGUAACGAAUUUUGUCGAGUUGGUGUGGUUUGUCAUCUACAUUUGACAAUGACGAAUGUAAUGCCCCCUGGCGGCGAGGACGAUGCCAACGAAGAACUUCGCUCAGUUAUGUAUGAAGUAUUGGCCGAGCAAAGCGUUUGGGCCGUUUGCGGUCGCACGGCGGGUGUGGUUGGUUUUGCUAGUGCUUCAGAUACAGAAGGAUCAGUUCAACAAGUAGUUAUGGACGUUAUGCCUCUAACAAGCGGUUUCCUACCUUUGCCGUUAGUUCGUUUGUCUAAGUAUAUUCCAGCUGAAAGUAUUUCAGGUAAUAAGGCAGAUACCCACCCUAGAUUAGAACCAUUCCACUCUGGACAAGUUUAUAAUAAAAGUAAAGGAAAACAAGUGCAUGUAAUUGCAGCCACGACUGAUGGAAUUCCAACAUAAUGAAAAUCAGUUUGAGGAAUGUUGAUAAGCAAUUUUAAGAUAUGUCAUAAUAAUAAGGUAAAGCAUUUGGAUAUGUAAAAUAUUACGUGGAGGUAAGUAAGUAGGAAAAAAAUGUUUGUGUUUUAAUAUACUGUUUCUGCUACCAAGUAGGUUCUUAAAUAAUAUUCUGUGCCAUUUUUUUCUCGUUUAAAAUUUUAGGAUCAAAAAUAUUUUCAAUUUUUAUGUGUGUAUUACAAUAAUAGUAUAUUACAAUCCGAGACGGGAAAUGCUUCAUUACUGGUCGAGAGGUUUUAUAGUUUAUCGAGACGCGUAGCGUCGAGAUAAACUGAACCUCGAGACAGCAAUGAAGUUUCCCGUCGAGAUUUGUAUACUAUUUUAUUUUUAACCAUAAUUUCUUGAAAAAAAAAAUUCGGGGCAACCAAAUGAGGUCGGCAAAUGAAGAGGAAAAUGAGAACGGGAAAUAUUUCCCUGCUCCAUUUUCCGUCCGUGGACAGGUAAUAGGACAGUAAUGACAACAUUUCAUAUAUGGUUAAAAAUAAAAACUAUUUUUUACAUUUACAAAACAUCACAAAAUGCUGUGCAAUAUUUAUUUAUAUUUCUCUGUAAAUUCGAAUCUUUGUUAGACAUUUCUACAUUAUAAUUUUUAAAUUUUGAUUCAAUUGUGGUGAGAAAUCGAAAACAAAGAUUUUUUGUGGACAGAGAUCUAUUACCCAUGGAAACUUGAAUUCCCAAAUUUGAAACAGCAUGGGGAUAUUUUUUACUAGUUUUAGCUCUCUGUCUAUUAAUUUAACUAUAAUUUGUUUACUCUAUCGGAUGAGAUUUUUUUUUUGUAAAAAAUUAUUUCUAUUUUUAAGCUCCAAUGUAGCGUAUUUAUUUUUUUAUGUGAAAUAGUGUACCUAUUUCUCUGUAUAUUUCUGUAAAUAUUUUCUCAAUAAAUUCAUCUUUAUUGUUUGUUAAUUAUUUAUGUCUUUUUUU